AUGGCCGCCCAGAUCCACAACUCGGAUGAUGAGAUGACCCUCGUUGACAAGGACCUCCAGCUCGAUAGCGAGGAACUCCACCUUGACGAGCUCCCUACUAUCUCUCUUGCUUAUCCCCCCUCAGCUGAUGAGCCCCCGGUGGCCAAGAAGGUCUGCAUCAAAGCCCCUCCACCCAUGCCCGUCCCUUCGGCGCCGUCAAUAUGUGUCAUGGCGGCUAUGGCUCCUGCCCUGACCGGCAGCACCUCGAGCGCUCCCUCUGGAGCCUCUUCCCCUGCAACCGCUGCUCUUGUUCCGCCCCCUGCAUUGCGCAGGCCCACCUGCCCGACUCCCCCCCGCAUUGGUACUGCUCUCCCGGGCUUCACGGCUGCCAAAGCAGGGGGUGCCGCCACGCUGUCGCUCCGAAACAUCCCCCACAGGUUAUACUCCAAAGGACCUCCCUCCACCACCUCCUCGCUUGGGUAUGCUCCCACAUUGCUCUCGCAUGAAUCCUUCCCCCACUCCCUCCCCUAUUCUCAGCUUCACCUCCCCCUCUAUGGCCCUGCGCCACGCUGCUCGGUAUACAACCUCCCUCUGGUCGCCCUUGGUCCGCCCCUUCUACUCUUCACUGUCUCAAGCACUCCUGCCCUCCUCGCCCCUCCUUCUCCGCAAGUCCCCAACUUUUGCUAG